UGGCUUGUGUCGCACAUGCCAUCCUCACAACACCGCUUGUCUACUGAGACCAGCAACGGAGCUGCUGCCUCUGUAUUUACCUUUUCCGGGUUGCUCACGAAAGCUGGGAAGCCAUUGCUUGCUCGUCUGGGAUCGGUUAACCCAUUUCGAAGGGCUGCCGAUAUGGUCAGUCUCUGCCUCCUGCUUACCCACCUACCGCUUCCUUGUUAAACAGCUGACUUUUCAUAGACCAAGCCUGGAAACUUGGGUGCUCCUCAGCCCAUGAACACCCUCUCCAACAACAGUGCGUCUUCGAGAACACCUUUGGGGGUUUUAUCCGUCCCUGAGCCCCGCCCUUCCAGCUCCCCUCCAGCGAAACAUAAAAAACUCGGUGAAAGCCAUACGCACGGCGAAUAUUCCAGCGCUGCAUUUGUAUUGGAUGAAUCGAACCCCCGAAAGCGGUCUUUAGAAAUUGAAUCUAUUACCGAUUCUCUUCGUUCGGCUGCCUCGAAUAAGAGCAAUAAGAGCCCUCCUCGCCAUGGCGUUGCCGAGUACCGUCAUGCUGAUAGAUGGCGCAAACCGAAACGGUUCCGGAAAAGUCGGGAUGAUUCGAAGUGUUCGGAACGUGAAGAUAUAGACUCCCCUGCAUCGAGAUCUAUCCCUUGCGAGGAACCUACUGGUGAAGAUGAAGUUGACCUCAUCGGCCCUGUCGAGAAGCCUGUAGUUUCGCACCAGCUCAAACGCAAGCAACCAGAAGAGCACCCUAUAGAAAAGCUUGCGAGUCGUUUCCAACGAGACACUAAUGCAGCUCACUCCAACGCUUCACAGAUAUUCCGUAAAGUCAUUGAUAACGCGGACAAGCGGGUAAAACGCGGCGCACCUGAUUCGGGUCCAGAUGAACUAGCUCCAAGUGAAGAGGAACUUGCAGCUUCUCGAGCCGCUAAGCGCCCGAAGACAGACUCUUCCAGUCUAUCGAUCAGAGGCAAUAUUCAACCUACAAGGUUCAAGGGCACUCUUGCUGCUAGAGCAUCCAACUCAAUGGAUGCAAAACACCGCCUAGUAGACGAAUUGAAGGGAAAGGCGCAUACAAUAAUUAGGGAUGGUCUACGUAUUGUGCGUGGUGUUUCUGGGCAGUACCAGUAUCAAGCAGAAGAAAACGACGUUCCAGAUUACUGUGCUCUAUCCAUUCGCGAGAUUGGCCACAUCUUAUUUCCCGUUGAUGACAAGAAAGAGUUUCUAAAGCAACACAGAUAUCUUACACUUGAUAUCACGAAGACGAAAACCGUCAUACGCAGUAAAGAGGACGAAAAAUGUUGCAUAGUCGCCACUAUGUUCGACAGUGUAAAUGUAGCAAAUGGUGCUGGCCCUAAACUAAUGGUAGAAUUUGCGUCUGAACCUGAGUUCCAUAAGUUUUUACAAUGGGUUGGUGUUUACAGCAGCUCCAGUGCUCCAAUUAUUAUCAAGGAUUGUAGCAGAGCUAAACUCGAGAAAGAUUUCAACGAAAUGAUGGAACGAGCCAAGUUCCCUAAGAUACUUUCAGAUGACGAAAUAGAAACUCCCAUCGCAGAGGACAUCAGACUGUUGCAUCAGAAUCAGAAGAACAGAUCUUUGAGAGACCAUGAUGUUGCCGUUGAAUCCCCAUGCCAACCUAGGUUGAGAGACACAAUGAAGAAUUCCCUUAUAUUUACGUCCAGUGGUGGCGAUAUUGUCUCGAACCGAGUGUUAGAUGACCAAGCAGCUUCGGUGUACUCUCGGAGACGGACAAUCCGUUCAUUGCCAGUGAAGAUUGAGCCACCGGAGUCGCCUGAACUUGAGCCUAUUCCCGAAGGCUGGACUUCACUCAAUGCAGGCUGGGAAAAGAAGUGGCGGAAUUCUCUCGUUUAUCCCAGAAUGGGAAAAAAUCGAGCAACUGUUGAUAAGGAUGAUAUUCAACGCCUUGACGACGGCCAAUUCUUGAACGACAACCUUAUUAUAUUCUACCUUCGGUAUCUGCAAGACGAACUAGAGAAGAACAAUCCCGAUUUGGCAGAAAGAAUCUAUUUCCAGAACACCUUCUUUUAUGACAAGCUAAAGCCCACUAAGAAUGGCCAGGGAAUCAAUUACGAUAGUGUUAAGACCUGGACCACUAAGGUCGACCUCUUCUCCAAGGAUUAUAUCAUUGUUCCUAUCAAUGAGUAUACUCACUGGUAUGUGGCAAUUAUCUGCAAUGCACCCAGGCUACUUGCCAGCUCCAACAGUCGUGAACGAGAUAACCACAACAAAAAGGAAGUGAUCUCAACCAUCAAUGGUAUUGAAAUAAGCCAAGGAAACCUUGUUACCCCUUCAGACAGCAAAAUUCCAACUGUUACUAUGGACGGCGAACAAGCGUCACAGCUUACGAGAGAGGAUGUUGUCGAAAAGCUGAGACGAAUGUCAAUUGACAACUCUGAUCAUUCAGCUAGCGUAUCCAAGAAAAUGGCAGACGGUAACACGGGGGAAGAAGCUGACUUAGUUCCCCUCAAUUUUGAUAAUGAUGUGUAUGAGAUCAAAAACCCGGACAGAUCGGAGGGUGAGGUAGAGCAUAUUGCCACCACGGACAACCCACAAAGACACAAGAAACUGGGAAAGAAGCCGGCUGGCGGGCCUCGGAAAAAUGACCCAAAACAGCCAAGAAUAAUUACACUAGAUUCUCUGGGUUCGUCGCAUUCGCCAACCUGCAGCUAUCUGAAGCAAUAUCUCGCAGCGGAAGGAAGAGAGAGAAAGGAAAUCGAAAUAGCGCCUCCAAAUAUUCUAGGUACCACGGCUAAGGGUCUUCCCGAACAAACAAACCACUGUGAUUGCGGGUUGUUCUUGCUAGGGUAUAUUCAACAGUUUCUCUACGACCCUGACGAUUUUGUGAAACGCUUGUUACAGCGUGAUGGUACUAUUACUUGGGACUUUUGCCCAUCGAGUCUACGCAACAGUAUCAGAGAACUCAUCUUCGACCUUCAAAAGAAGCAACAAACCAUUGAGGAUGAAAUGCAUGAGCGAAAGCGGUGGGCUAAAAUGGGCAGCAAACAGAUAAAGAAAGGAGAGGCUCUGGGCUAUGCAGCGACCCCAGCGAGGAGAUUUUCCGAUACUUCCUCUAAAAUAGAACUGGCAACCCAAGACCGUCGGGGCGAUGAAGUAGAUAAAUCCAAAAGCCCUCCUUCCCUACCACCCCCGCCCCCGCCUGGGCCUAGGCGUGGUAGUGCGGACAUCGAAGGCGUGAUGUUUCUAGCGGAACUUCCAGAUUCUGAGAAGAGUGUGAAGCAGUCAACAACUAAUGCGCAGCAGUCCCUUACGGGUGUCCACAGCGACAGUAAGAGAACUACGCAACAAGUAAACGCUCAGCACUGUUGGAACGUCGGGGAGGCGCAAGCUAGCUCUGAAGCUGGUCCAAACGUGAUUAUAUCACCUUGUGAAGCUGAGACAACAUUUGAUCAUCGUAUCUCCUAUCAGGCCGCUGGUGCCUCUCCUAAUUCUCCAGUCCAGGGUCAGAUAGCUAAACGCAACUCGACAUCUCCGGUGACAGAAGGCAGUAGUAAUCUCCAAGCUAACUUUCUCCCACCACUUACGUCUGAUACACCGUCGUCUAAAGGUUCUCCAGGUGCAACACCACUGGACCCAGUGGUUGUUGAUGACGCGAGCAGAAAACGGGAUGUGUCGCGGCAGAACCCUCGAGAAUACCAAAGGGGUCAAAUGGGACACCAAAUAGUAGUCGAAAUUCCGUCGCUGAGCAUACACGGUCGGUCUCCAGGGCAAGAGACUAGUAAGAUACACAGUCAGAAACAAACAGAGCAACAAAGUUCCUACUUUCUAAACCGAGGAGAUGGAGACAGAGUUGUCGCCGCGAAGGUGCGCGGCAAAUCUGAAAACGAUAUCAUUGAUCUUUCAGGGGAUUGAGAUAUUCUGUUUUUGUUUUCACUAUUUCUUAGUGUUCUAUUGGAACUUGUAUGACACAAGAACAUCACGACUAUCAAUGCUCUAUUUGCACAGUUAUGGAGACAACACCAGAG